UGGAGAAUGUGUGCAGUCUGUGGUUAAAAGUUUUCAGUCAGUUGCGUAUCGCAAGUAAUAUUAUUUUAAGAUUUCAUAAUAAAAAUAAAUAGCCGGUUAACAGGUUUGAAAUGUACAAAAAUAAUUCACGUAUAAAACAAUGUCGGACUGGUAUUGGCGGGUAAUUGCUUUGAAGGCAGCAUUUGCGUUAACUUUUAUUUUUUGUAAUGUACGUGCCGAGGAUACUGUGCAGAAGUUACCGUACUGCAAUCCUACUGUUGAAAAGGACGAUACAAAUCUAAACGACCUGGUGAUUGUAAGCACACUUGAUGGAAGAUUGACAGCAUUCUCCACUCAAAAUGGCAUUAAAGCGUGGGAUCUUGAGACACAACCUUUGUUAUCUUCCAAUUUACAUCAUGUCGAGCUCACUUCAGGAGGCAAGUGGGUCCGUCUGGUACCAUCCCUCAGCGGGUCACUGUACAGCGUCAGUGGGGACAAUAUCGAGCCACUGCCCUUUGACGCUGAACAACUGCUGUCCUCAUCUUUCAAGUACUCCGACGACUUGGUUAUAGCUGGUGCUCGCGAGACUCUCUGGUUUGGCCUUGAUGCUCAUACGGGAGGCAUUAUAUACGAGUGUGGCUCUGGAGGAUGUAGUACUGAACAGCAGACAGCGUACGCUGGUCGUGACGUCAUCGUGCUGAGGAGACAUUCCAACACAGUCAGGGCCUUGGACCCGAGGACUGGGAGUGAGAAGUGGAACUUCAGUGUAGCCGAGCACCGCGUGGCACUGAGUCGCCGCGAGUGUGCCGGGCCCCCGCCGGGGUCGCUGCCCGUCACGGUGGCCGUCGCCCUGCCCGAGGGAGUCGUGGCCGUCAAAGACACCUCCGGGACCAGGAUCUCUUGGCAACAGAAGUUGGACGCCCCCGUAGCGGGUAUGUGGCGCCUCCACGCGGGCACGCUGCAGAGCAUCGACGUACUGUGGGAGGCCACGCACACCCUCAUCGAGGGGGGGGUCACCCACCAACCCUCGCUGUACAUUGGGGUGCAUGACACACAGCUCUACAUACAAGAAAGCCAAUACUAUUCUCGCAAACUAGAAACAACAGUAUCAGCUAAGCCGUUGCCAUGGAAACUGGUGACGGCUCGACCGCAGAUCGAAGCCGAGAAGUUGGGCAAUGGACACACAGCUUUAUCCAUACAAGAUGCGGACCCCAACGCAUUGUCUCUGAUCACCCUGUACGGGAACGCUGGGAAACAUAUUGGAGACCACGGCUACUUCGUGUACCUCCAAGAAACGUGUGACCAGUCCGUCCAAGUGUCGGACGAUAUCUUCGACUCCCCCAACAUUAGCGACGACAUGUCGGAACAUCAUGACAUACAUGUUCAUGUAUCUUCACUCUGGUACUGGUGGAAGGAAGUGCUCCUUAUUGCUGUGUCGUCAGCUCUAUUGAUGAAUUUAAUGAUCUGGCCCAGAAUGUUCGCGCCUAAGUUACCCCCGUCGCCAUUGCCGACUAGUAAUGAACAGGUGGUAGUACAAGUAUACAACUGGCCUUCAGAGAAGCCAGGUCCAAGUCGUCCAAGUAUUGCAGAAUAUUCUGGUCGAUAUGAGAACGACUUCACUUCAGUUCGGUGUUUGGGUCGUGGCGGCUUCGGCGUCGUCUUUGAAGCGAAGAAUAAUAUAGACGAUUGCUCUUACGCUGUCAAGAGAAUCACGUUGCCCAGGAGGGAAUCGAAACGUGAACGAGUGCUUCGUGAAGUGCGAGCUCUAGCGAAGUUAGAACACGAGCACAUAGUUCGCUACUUCAACGCCUGGGUCGAGGAACCUCCGCCGCACUGGCAGAGACAGAAAGACGCCGAGUGGAUGAAAGAACUAGACGGUGUAUCAGUAGCGAUGACGGACGAGUACACUGCGACGUCGCCCGCCCCAGCCAAACUCACGCGCGGGGACGUCAGCCUCAAUCUCAACAAAUCUGCUGACUUCACUGAGCCUAGCAAGCGACUGAGGUCGUUAAGUUGCAACGAUUCGUUCAGCAUAGUUUUCGAUGCGAACGCUCCCUCUCGGGCCGAGGUAACAAGUUCAGUUCACUCCGUGAAGCGCUCCCACGUCACGAGUGAUGACGACUCGUUCAUAGUCUUCGCUAACUCACAAGAGGGCGCGGAGGGCACGGAGGGCGGCGAGGGAACUGGAGAACUUAACUCUUCGUAUGACCGGAGGCUUGAGAGGGUCAGGGAGUGUGAUUAUAAGACUGAGAGCUCUUCUACGGGGAAGAAGAAGAAGGGCCACACCCGGCAUUGGUCCCUGGACAUGGUAGUGCGCGGGCCGGGAACGGAACCCCCCUCGGAGGCGGCGGCGGGCGGCGCCCAGAUGUACCUGUACAUACAGAUGCAGCUGUGUCGCCGGGACAGUCUGCACGACUGGCUGCGGGACAACCGGCGCUGCGAGGGACGGACUGACAAGGUAAAAGUGCUAUUCAGUCAAAUCGUAUCAGCGGUGGAAUACGUCCACCUGGCUGGGCUGAUCCACCGCGACCUGAAGCCCAGCAACAUUCUGUUCGCGCCCGACGGCCGCGUCAAGGUCGGGGACUUCGGCCUCGUCACCGCCAUGGCCGACACUUCGCAAGAUGGCGACACCGCGCCCGUCAUGGAUGUACAUCAACGACAUACUUAUAGAGUCGGUACUCAUCUCUACAUGUCCCCGGAACAGCUAGAGAGUCGUCCGUACAGUUACAAAGUGGACAUAUACUCGUUGGGGCUCAUACUGUUCGAGCUGCUCCAUCCAUUCUCCACGGAGUCGGAGCGCGUCGCCUGUCUGCUGCAACUGAGGCAGCAUAAGUACCCUCCUGACUUCAUUGCGGAUUAUCCUGAGGAGACGGAGGUCCUAAAAAUGAUGCUAAGUGACGACCCAUCUAAGAGGCCCACAGCGACCGGAGUUAGGGCACACGCGCCCUUGUACCAGCAAACUAACCCGGACUAUCAUUUCGUAUUACCAGCCUUGGCCGCUGCGUAAUAUCCCAUACCUAAGAUAAUGUUUUUUUUUGUUUUUUCAAAGUAGUAAGUUGAGAUGCACAUUGUUAAUGUAAUGUAAAGAGUUCUAAAGAGAAAUCAGAUGUUUUAAUGUGUUAAAAAUCUGACUAAAGACAUCCAUUUCCGAGAAUUAUCAGAUUAUUCUUUGUAUUAAAUGACUGCCUCGGUGGGCGAGUAGUCGCAAGUGCGACUGCCGGGCAAGGGGUCUCGGGUUCGAUUCUCGGG